CACAAUGAGGUCCCUGGUGUUUCUUCUGCUUGUGGCAGUGGCGAGUGCCCGAGUGUACACUCGUUGCGAGUGGGCCAGGGUGCUGAAGGCGAAUGGAAUGAAUGGCUACCGUGGCAAUAGCCUGGCAAACUGGGUGUGCCUUACUCAGUGGGAGUCAAACUACAAUACAGCGGCUACCAACCGCAACACAGAUGGCUCCACUGACUAUGGCAUCUUCCAGAUCAACAGCCGAUGGUGGUGUCAAGAUAACCGCACCCCCGGGACAACCCAUAACGGCUGUGGCGUCCAGUGUAGUGAACUGCAGAGCAAUGUCAAUGCAGCUAUCCUCUGUGCCAAACGUGUGGUUCGGGAUCCCAACGGCAUCGCAGCAUGGGUUGGCUGGAGGAAUAAUUGUAGGGGCCGCGACCUGAGCUCCUAUGUGGCAGGAUGUGGGGUUUAAAGCUUGACCCCAGGACAAAACAACAUACACACCACCAUAUUGAACCAGAGUAUAUGGAAAUGUUUCAAUCCUUUAUUUUGCUAAUGCCUAGAAUCAAAAAAAUGUGGAGUUACUGAUAUUGUACAAUUCUCUUGAAAUCAAUUCAUGUACACCUUAAAUAAAUAAUAAACGCAUGUUUUUUCUGUGUAGAUUGUUUACUCUAUAUAGCAUGAAUAUUAAUAGAGUAACUUGGUUCAUACAUUCAAGUAGCAGACUUGAUUGCAUCGUCAAGAUAUGAUUGCAGUAUGUAUUAUUUGGCCAAGACAAUCAGGCACUACUUCCUGCUUUAAAGUUUGAGAACAAACAGCAAUCAACAGCAAAUAUGUAUAUAUAUAAAAAAGAGCAAAGUUUUGUACUCUAAAAAUGACCUCAUGAAGAAGCGGAAAAAGCAGAGCAGCACAGAGAUGGCAUAAAGAUGGCAGUCUGUCAUACCAAAUCUUUAAUUUUCUCACACUCUGGAGAAAUAAACUGCAGUGUGAGCUUAGACUAUGUUACGGCCCUUUGGAGCAACAUUCAAAAACACCAGUGUACCCACAAAUAAAAGCACACCGGCAUCUGUUGCUACGUAUGAAAAUGUUACUUAUCUGAAUGAAUAAGUCAAGCUGUUCAGUGUGAGAAUUUUGC